AUGGAGCAAGAACCUGCAGUACAUCCGUCUUCGGAAAUCAACAACCAGGCUCUUGCAAAAUCUGCAAUGGAAACGGAAGCAAACAAAGGGUUUCGACUCCGAUUGAGUCGAACGCUUUCUUCAUUUAAAGGGCCCAUUUCGUGCGUGCGCUAUGCACCCAAUGGAUCUCUCCUUGCUGUAUCUUCAGCAGACCGUUCGAUCAGCAUUUUUGAGACAGCAAACUAUUCACUCAAGUUUAUCCUCGAAGGGCACGAAAAAGGAGUCAACUAUAUCGCUUGGUCUCCCGAUUCAAAGUAUCUCGCGAGCUGUUCCGAUGACAAGACAGCUCGUAUUUGGAACUCCGAAACCGGUUCUCUCGUGCGAAUUUUCAACACAUUUUCUCAGUUUCCAACAUGCAUCGCUUAUAAUCCUCGUGGAACGAUAAUCGCAUGCAGUUGCAGCGACGAAACGAUCUACUUCUUCUCCGUCUACACGCGCAACCUCGAAAAAUCUAUCUUUGCUCAUUCCAACACAAUCUCCAGCAUCGAGUUCAAUGCGAGCGGUUCUGAGCUUCUUAGCAGUUCUAUCGACGGUUUUAGUCGCAUUUGGGAUUGUGAAAGUGGCGAUUGUCUGCAAUCCAUUCGUUCCUCCACCUCCAAUUCCCCCAUGUAUCUCCAGUUUCCACGUUUCCACAUAGCCUGA